AUGACUCAGUUGCAGCCACUAAGCGUAGCCGAUUCAGGAUCGAUAAGCUUAUCGAGGGCCACAGACUCCAGGGCCAAUGGAGGUGCGAGCGUUGACAAUGAUAUGGUUAACCUUAACAAUGGCGACAUCAACCCUCACAAUGGGAAUGGGAUGGGAAGCAGUAUCCGCAUCCACUUUCCCGGGGGUAUCGAGGGAUGGAAGGAUUCAGUGAACCAGAUCAUCGAGCGCUGCGACGUGAGUGGUCUAGCAACCGACCCCACGAGAUAUCAACUUGCAUCGACGGGAUUCGGUGACGCGAGCACCGUCUACCGGCAGCGCUUCAUGGCGGUUCCUAGCGAGGUAUACUCCGCAUUGCAAGAGUUGUGUGUUGAACGCCGCGUCAGCGUGAGAUCCGUCAUUCUUUUCGCCAUGCACCAGAUGCUGAAAGGGUUUGGUAAUGGAUCAAAAACCAUUACCGCCUCUCUGCACGUCGAGGAGAAUCCCCAAGAUUCUCGGCCAUUGUGGGCGGUGUCACCCAUAUUCGUCAGUCAUGAAAGCAGGGACGAAUACUCCGUCGCACAAGCGAUUGAGAGUAUUGAAUCGAUGUGCAGUUCGAAAAAGCUGUCCACACACACAAUCGACAAAGCAUCAAGCCUCGUGAAACUUGGGUUGUUUGACUUACUUGUCGUCUUCGCCGAUGCAGACGAUGCUCAUCUCCCAUCAUUUGACUUCCCCCUGGCAGUGAUGGUGGAGGAGGGUGAAGCAGGACUCCAGCUGACUCUGCGCUUCUCCGACUGUCUUUUCGAUGAGGAGACAAUAUGUAAUUUCACAGAUGCCCUUAACAUCUUGCUCGCUAAAGCAGCGACAGGAGGAGCAACGCUAAUUUCCGAUAUCGAACUGCUGUCAUUCGAGCAACAGCAGCAGCUGGAUGAAUGGAAUAACACGGAUGGCGAGUACCCAGCAUCCAAGCGACUGCAUCAUCUCAUUGAAGAGGAGGCAGAACGCCACGAAGACAAGGUCGCCGUGGUUUGCGAGGAGCGAAAGAUCACUUACGGCGAGCUCAACACCCAGGCAAACCGUCUCGCACGCUAUCUUCACUCUACAGGCAUCCAGGCCGAGCAGAUUGUCGCGUUGUUCCUCGAUAAGAGCGAAAUGCUCAUCGUUACCAUUCUGGGUGUGUGGAAAUCUGGCGCAGCCUACGUGCCCAUUGACCCUACGUAUCCAGAUGAGCGGGUCCGAUUCGUGCUGGAUGACACGGAGGCACAGGUCAUCAUCGCGAGCAGUCGACACGCCGAAAGGCUUGAACGACAGAUCAUCGGCGACAGGAAACUCUGCAUUAUUCACCUGGAACCAUUACUCACAUUCCUUGCUCAAGAUACCUCGAAAUUCCCAGCGCACAACUUGGAUGACCUACCUCUCACGAGCAGACAGCUUGCCUACGUGACAUACACCUCUGGAACAACGGGGUUCCCUAAGGGUAUCUUUAAACAACAUACGAACGUUGUCAACAGUAUCACCGACCUGUCUGCCCGUUAUGGGGUGACUGGGCAACACCACGAAGCAAUUCUGCUCUUCUCGGCCUACGUAUUCGAGCCAUUCGUUCGCCAAAUGCUCAUGGCAUUAGUAAAUGGCCAUCUCCUGGCCAUUAUCAAUGACGCCGAUAAGUAUGACGCCGACAAAAUCCUUCCAUUCAUUCGCGCACACAACAUCACCUACCUCAAUGGUACUGCCUCUGUUCUACAAGAAUACGACUUCUCCUACUGUCCGUCCCUGAAGCGAAUGAUUCUGGUGGGUGAGAAUCUAACAGAAGCCCGGUACCUGGCCCUGCGCAAGCGAUUCAAGAACCGCAUUCUUAACGAGUAUGGAUUCACCGAGUCAGCCUUCGUAACAGCGCUCAAGAUUUUUGAUUCCGACUCGACUCGCAAAGACACCAGUCUAGGAAGGCCUGUGCGCAACGUCAAGUGCUACAUCCUCAAUCCUGCCCUCAAGCGUGUCCCCAUUGGGGCUACGGGCGAGCUGCACAUUGGAGGAUUAGGUAUUUCAAAGGGAUACCUCAACCGUCCCGAUCUCACCCCGACGCGGUUCAUCCCCAACCCCUUUCAGACGAAGCGCGAGAAGAAGCUCGGAGUUAACGGGUUAAUGUACAAGACCGGCGACCUGGCCCGCUGGCUUCCGACCGGCGAAGUUGAAUAUUUGGGACGCGCAGAUUUUCAGAUCAAGUUGCGAGGCAUCCGAAUCGAGCCCGGCGAGAUUGAGGCGACAUUGGCUCAGUACCCCGGCGUCCGGACUAGUCUGGUGGUGUCUAAAAAACUUCUGAAAAAUACUGUGGAGACUACGAACGAGCACCUCGUGGGUUACUAUGUCUGCGACAACGCCUCGGUAUCCGAGACGCACUUGUUGUCUUUCUUGGAGAAGAAACUGCCUCGAUACAUGAUCCCGACGCGUCUGGUGCAGCUGUCGCAGAUCCCAGUGAACGUGAACGGAAAGGCGGACCUGCGCGCCCUGCCAGCCGUCGAUAUAUCCAAAUCCUCCGAGGUUCGUUCCGACCUCCGAGGCGACAUGGAGUUUGCCCUGGGGGAAAUCUGGGUCGACGUACUGGAAGCCCGCCACGGAUCGAUCUCUCGCAACGACAACUUCUUCCGUCUUGGAGGACACAGCAUCACCUGUAUUCAACUCAUUGCACGCAUUCGAGAGCGACUUUCAGUAAGUAUAUCUGUCGAGGAUGUUUUCGCAACAAGAACGCUGGAGCGCAUGGCAUACCUUCUGCAGAGCAAACAGCAGGAGGCAUCAGAUGGGCGCUAUGAGAGCGAGUCUGCUGCGCAGUCAGGGCCACUGGAGAGAGAUGCAGCAACCGAGGAGGUAUAUAUGGCAAACAGUCUUCAGCAGGGGUUUGUCUAUCAUUAUCUAAAGAACAUGGCACAAUCUGAUGCCUACAUAAUGCAAUCCGCCCUGCGAUAUAAUACCACAUUAUCCCCAGAUCUGUUCCAGAGAGCCUGGAAGCACACACAACAGGUCUAUCCAGCAUUGAGGCUUCGAUUCAAGUGGGGAAAGGAAGUAUUACAAGUGAUCGAUCAGGAUCAAGUCUUGGAUUGGCGUUUCCUCUGCUUCGCCAACGUGCCUACAGGUGCUGUCGAGGAUCAGAAAUUGGUCGAAUUGCAGCGCCAGGACCGCGAGGAGCCAUACAAACUGGAUACCGGUAGGCUGUUCCGCAUCUAUUUGAUACAGCACAGCGAGAAUCGCUUCACAUGUCUCUUUAGCUGCCACCACGCAAUCCUCGAUGGUUGGAGUCUGCCGCUUCUCUUUGAGAUGGUCCAUGACACUUACCUGCAACUGCUCCAUGGGAACAAUAUCGCCCCACCUGCAGAUGACCCUUACGCUCGCACUCAACGGUACCUCCAAACGCACCGUGAAGAUCAUCUGGAUUAUUGGGCCGGGGUGGUUGAGCAGAUCGCCGAGCGGUGCGAUAUGAAUGCCUUGUUGAACGAGCGUAGUCGUUACAAAGUCCAACUGGCGGACUAUGACCACAUACAGGACCAGAGACAGCUGACAGUGACCCUCCCCGGAGAUGCAUGGCUAGGAGAACUCCGUCAGACCUGCUCCGCCCAAGGCGUUACCUUACAUUCGAUCCUCCAGUUUGUUUGGCACGCCGUGCUUCACGCUUAUGGAGGCGGCACCCAUACCAUCACCGGCACGACCAUCUCUGGAAGAAACCUGCCCAUUAGCGGAAUUGAACGAUCCGUUGGGCUUUAUAUCAAUACGCUACCAUUGGUAAUCGAUCAUUCAGCAUACAAGGACAAGACUAUCAUGGAGGCCAUCGAGGAUGUGCAGGCUAAGGUGAACGCGAUGAACAGCCGCGGCAAUGCGGAACUGGGCCAUCUACGCAAAACCGACCUGAAGCACGGAUUAUUUGACUCUUUAUUCGUGCUUGAAAACUACCCAAACCUGGACAAGUCGCGAGUUUUACAGCAUCAAAGCCAACUGCAAUAUUCAAUCCAAGGAGGUACUGAGAAGCUGGACUAUCCGCUGGCUGUCAUUGCACGUGAAGUUGAGGCGACUGGAGGAGUCACUCUGUCCAUCUGCUAUGCCAGUGAGCUGUUUGAGGAGGUGGCCAUUUCAGAGCUGCUUCAUAUGAUCCAUGACACUCUGGUGCGGGUUGCGCAAGGCUUGAAUGAUCCUGUCCGCAGCCUAGAGUACCUCUCAUCUGCCCAACUGGAGCAUCUUGCUGCGUGGAAUGCUACGGAAGCGAAGUUUCCCGACACCACAUUGCAUGAGAUGUUUGAGGUUGAAGCGAAUCGGAAGCCCGAGAAAACAGCGGUCAUUUAUGAGGAGCGGGCCUUAACCUAUCGCGAACUGAAUGAGCGGGCGAACCGUAUGGCACAUCAACUAAGAUCCGACCUCAGCCCGAAGCCCAAUGAUGUCAUCGCCCUCAUAAUGGACAAGAGUGAACAUAUGUUCGUCAGCAUUUUGGCCGUGUGGAAGAGUGGAGGUGCAUAUGUUCCAAUUGACCCUGGAUAUCCCGACGACCGCAUCCAGUAUAUCCUAGAGGACACCCAGGCCAUCGCUGUCAUUGCGGACUCCGGCUAUGUAACUCGCAUCAAGGAAAUGGCUGCGCCGGGGACGCUUCUUUAUCCCUCUGACCUGACAUCCACUCCGGAUCCAAAGUACAGUGCAUCAAACCCUUCUCCGUUAAGUCAAAGCACAGACCUGGCUUAUAUCAUCUAUACAUCUGGCACGACAGGUCGGCCCAAGGGCGUCGCAUUGGAGCAUCAUGGAGUGGUCAACCUGCAGGUGUCGCUAUCCAAAAUAUUUGGCCUCCGGAGUACUGACGACGAGGUAAUACUUUCUUUUUCCAACUAUGUAUUCGACCAUUUUGUGGAGCAGAUGACCGACGCCAUUCUCAACGGCCAAACACUACUGGUACUCAAUGAUGAAAUGCGCGGAGACAAAGAGAGACUAUAUCAAUACAUUGAGAAGAACCGGGUGACCUACCUGUCUGGCACCCCAUCUGUGGUUUCAAUGUACGAGUUCAGCCGUUUCAAGGACCAUCUCCGCCGUGUAGACUGCGUCGGAGAGGCGUUCAGUGAACCGGUCUUCGACAAGAUUCGCGAAACUUUCCAUGGCCUGGUCAUCAACGGCUACGGUCCAACAGAGGUCUCUAUCACCACCCACAAACGUCUCUACCCGUUCCCAGAGCGGCGCACGGACAAGAGUAUCGGCCAGCAGGUCCAUAAUAGCACGAGCUAUGUGCUAAACGAGGACAUGAAGCGCGUUCCCAUCGGGGCUGUCGGCGAGCUCUACCUAGGUGGUCAAGGUGUGGCACGAGGUUAUCACAAUCGCCCCGAUGUGACCGCAGAGCGAUUCAUUCCCAACCCGUUUCAGACAGAAGAGGAAAUGAAAACAGGCCGUAAUUCUCGUCUCUACAAGACGGGUGAUUUGGUACGCUGGAUCCCGGGAAGCAACGGGGAGAUUGAAUACCUGGGCCGCAAUGACUUCCAGGUCAAGAUUCGCGGAUUGCGCAUCGAACUAGGUGAGAUCGAGGCCAUCCUGUCAUCAUACCCUGAUAUCAAACAGUCUGUGGUGAUUGCGAAGGAUCGCAAAGAAGGAGGACAGAAAUUCCUCGUUGGCUACUACGUCGCUGAUGCAACGCUGUCGUCCGCCGCUAUUCGGCGCUUUAUGCAGUCUCGGCUGCCUGGCUACAUGGUACCCUCUCGUCUCAUACCAAUCAGCAAACUCCCUGUCUCUCCCAGUGGAAAAUUGGACACAAAGGCCUUGCCCUUCGUCGAAGAAGAGAGCGAGAUUGAUGUGGUGGCGCCGCGCAAUGAAGUGGAACGCACCCUUUGCCACAUCUGGGCGGAACUGCUCGAGAUACACCCAGAGGAGAUUGGUAUCUACAACGAUUUCUUCAGUCUGGGAGGUGAUAGUCUAAAGAGCACGAAACUUUCAUUCAUGGUCCACGAGACCUUCAGCCGCGCGGUCUCGGUCAGCACCCUUUUCCGUCAUCGAACAAUCGAGGCACUAGCACAGCUGAUCAUAAACAAUUCUGUGGAUGUGAACGAAAUUACUCCACUAGAAUAUAAUGAGGGGCAGAUGAUUCCCGUGUCCGGGGCCCAGGAGCGACUUCUCUUCAUUCACGAGUUUGAGAAUGGCAGUAAUGCAUACAACAUUGACAUCUCCUAUAAAUUGCCUGGCUCAGUUGACGCCUUGAAUCUCGAGCAGGCGCUGCGUGGAAUCCUUUCUCGACACGAGGCGUUGAGAACGUUGCUUGUCAAGGACGACACAACUGGCAGCUAUAUUCAGAAGAUAUUGAGCCCCGAUGGCGCCCAGCGCAUGUUCUCCGUCAAGGCGGACGUAAUCAAGGCCAUGGAGCAAUUGGACCAAGAAAGGGCCAGUCUAUCCCAGCACAUUUUCCGCCUGGGUGAUGAACUGCCUUGGCAAGCCCGUAUCCUUAGGCACGAAUCAGGCAGCUUGUAUCUCAUCGUAACGUUCCACCAUACCAGCUUCGAUGCAUGGUCGUUAAGUGUAUUUGAGCGAGAACUUCAAGCCUUGUACGUGGCCCUCCACAAAACAAAGAGUGCAGCGAGCCUGCCCACACUCAGAGUCCAAUACAAGGAUUACGCCCAGUACCAUCGUCGGCAGCUGUCACGGAGUCACCGUAGCCUAUCCGACUUUUGGUUGCAAAAGCUCAGUGGCUUGGAAUCAUUGCAGCUGAUCACGGACCGUCCACGACCGGGGCAUUUCAACUACGACGGCGACGAUCUCAGUAUCGAGCUGGGUCAAAAGGAAACACAGAACCUGAGAGAGGUUGCCAAAGAAUGCAAGUCUAGCCUGUACGUCGUCUUGCUAUCCGCUUAUUACGUGAUGCUUGCGUCGUACGCGAACCAGACGGACAUCGCAGUGGGUAUCCCAAUCAGCCACCGAACACACCCCCAAUUCCAGUCCAUCAUUGGAUUCUUCGUCAACCUGGUUGUGCUUAGAGUGGAUGUAUCUCAUUCUGCCAUUGGCGACCUCAUCAGAAGGGUGAUGAAAGAGCUCGUCCAAGCACAGUUACACCAAGACAUGCCGUUCCAGGAGGUCACGAAGCUGUUGCAGGUAGUUAAUGAUGCUAGCCGGCAUCCAUUAGUACAGACUGUUUUCAACUUCGAAGCCCGUCCAGAUGAAGAACACGAUUCUGGGUCGCAGGAUGAGGGGGCAAUCCAAUUUACUCAAUACCGGCCGGUUCAGCCCCUAGAUUCAGUUGCGAAAUUCGAUCUGAAUGCAACGGUCACCGAACUGGAGUCAGGUAUGAGGGUCAACUUCAACUACGCCACCAGCUUGUUCAACAGGAGCACGAUUGAGGGCUUUUUGCGUACCUACGAAUAUCUCCUUCACCAGCUGUCGGAGCUAAGUGCAGAAGGAAUCAAGGAGGAUACGCAGCUGUUGUUGGUUCCUCCGCGAGAGAUUGGCGAUGCGCACCUACCGUUGGCACAGUCUCCGCUUGCAACUCUUGCUGAGGAGCGGAAUGCAGCGUCGCUAAGCCAGGCCUUUGAGUACGAAGCUUCCCUAGCCCCAGGUAAAAUUGCUAUCGCUCAGGGGGAUAGGGUACUCAGCUUUGCCGAUCUCAACAAGCGGGCUAACCAGCUAUCACGAUACAUGUUGUCCAUAUCCUCCCUCGGGGCGGAAGGGCGAGUAGCUCUGAUGCUGGACAAGAGCAUCGAGACAAUUGUUUGCAUUCUGGCGAUAUGGAAGACUGGUGCAGCAUAUGUGCCCUUGGAUCCAACUUACCCGACGCAGCGCGUCCGGCUGAUCCUGGAGGAGACCCAGGCGAAGACCGUUCUUGUAAACUCCCAUCAUGUCUCUAAAUGUGAAUACAUGGGCGCAAAGGUCGUAUCAAUCGACUCACCCGCCGUCAAGACCGAAGUCAGCCAACAGUUGAGCUCUGACUUGCCUGCAGUUGCCGGUUUGGACAACCUGGCGUAUAUAAUCUUUACUUCAGGUACUUCCGGCAAGCCCAAGGGCGUUCUGGUUGAGCAAAAGGGUGUUCUACUAUUGCGUGAUGCCCUCCGGGAACGGUAUUUCGGCAAUGACUGCACCAAGCAGCAUUCUGUACUUUUCCUUUCUAACUAUGUCUUCGACUUCUCUGUAGAGCAACUUGUGUUAUCGGUGCUCAGCGGACACAAGUUGAUCGUUCCUCCGGCAGAUUUCGUCGUCGAUGAAGAAUUCUAUAGGAUGGCCAACACUCACGGUCUCUCGUAUCUCAGUGGAACCCCAUCCUUGCUGCAGCAGAUCGAUCUGGCACAACUACACCACCUGCAGUCCGUGACUGCAGCAGGAGAGUUGCUUCAUGCCACGCAGUACGAGAAGAUGCGCAGCAGUUUUGGCGGUACGAUCUACAAUGCUUAUGGCAUCACCGAGACCACGGUGUACAACAUUAUCACUGAAUUCACUGUGAAUUCGAAUUUUGAAAAUGCUAUACGCGACGUGCUUCCCGGCACCCGAGCGUAUCUGCUGAACAAGGCACUUCAACCCGUCCCGUUUGACGCAGUCGGAGAGCUCUAUCUGGCUGGUGACUGCGUUACACGUGGUUAUCUCAAUGAGCCUCUUCUAACAGAUCAGCGCUUCCUUCCCAACCCUUUCCGGAACCAGGAGGACUUCGCCGCUGGGCGUUUCUCGCUACUCUACAAGACCGGCGACCUGUUUCGGUGCCGGUUCAGCCAUCAACAGCAGCCACAACUAGAAUACCUAGGAAGAGACGACUUGCAGGUCAAGAUGAGAGGGUACCGGAUCGAACUUUCUGAAGUGCAGAAUAUACUUGCGUCUAGUCCCGGUGUCCAGGAGUGCGCAGUCGUUGCCAAGUAUGACAAGGACGAUAGCUAUUCACGGAUCGCUCAGUCUAUAGUCGGCUACUAUACCACUGACAACGAAGCUGUGUCAGAAGCCAACAUUCUCACCUCCAUGAAAGCCAGGCUUCCAACCUACAUGGUGCCCAGCCACCUCUGCCGUCUGGAGGGUGCACUUCCUGUGACCAUUAAUGGAAAGCUUGACAUCAAAAGACUGCCAGAAAUUGGCAACGCAUCAGUGGUGUUAUCAUACAGUCCGCCGAGGAACAUACUAGAGGCUAGGGUAUGCAAGCUGUGGGCAUCUGUCUUGGGUAUCGAACGAUGCGGUAUCGAUGAUGACCUGUUCAAACUGGGUGGUGAUAGCAUCAUGUCAUUGCACCUUGUGGCCCAGAUUCACAAUCAGGUCGGUCGCAAGGUCACCGUUCGGGAUAUCUUCGAGUAUCGUACUAUUCGAGCCCUCCAUGACCACGUCUUCAUGAAGGACAUAGACACGAGUGUUGUGGACCAGUUCCGUAGCGAACAAGGGCUGGUGGUUGGUGAGGCCCCCCUUCUGCCAAUUCAGAACUGGUUCCUGUCCAAGCCACUGCAGCAUCCGAGCUAUUGGAAUCAUACUUUCUACAUCCGAACUCCAGAGCUGGAUGUUACUUUGCUGAGAGCUGCCAUCAUCGAAUUGCAACAGUAUCAUGACGCUUUCCGCAUGCGACUGAGGCGCAAGGAUAAUAAAAUUGUACAGUUCUUUGUUAAGGACGCUUCUCCUGUCCAGCUUCGGGUGCUAAACAUGAAGGAUGUUGACGGACCUACGGCCAUUAACGAAACACUGAGCGAGUGGCAGUCGGGCUUUGACCUUGAGAAGGGGCCAAUCUGCGCCAUUGGGUACCUGCAUGGGUACGAAGACCGAUCCGCGCGGAUAUGGUUCUCCAUCCAUCACAUCGCCGUUGACACCGUCAGCUGGCAAAUCUUGGUCCGUGACUUGCAGAUGCUCUAUCAGAAUGGAAGCCUGGGGUGCAAGGGCAGCAGUAUUCGACAGUGGUCUGAAGCGGUACAAAAUUACCAACCGUCAAAGUCUGAAUUCGGUCACUGGAACGACCUCAUUGCGCGAACAACUUCCAGCAUCUCUGCGCUUCCUGCAUCGACCGGUUGCCGCGUACGUCUGACCAGGAAUUUGAGCACUGAGAAGACAGCUUUGCUGCUCCAAGGCAGCAAAGGUGGACAGGAGGUCUCUGUGUACGACUCUCUACUGGCUGCGGUUGGAUUGGCACUCCAAGCUAUCUGUUCAAGAGGCCCAAGUAUGGUCACAAUCGAGGGACAUGGUCGGGAGGAAGAUGUUGACCAUACACUGGAUGUCAGCCGCACCAUGGGUUGGUUCACCAGUAUGUAUCCGUUUGAGAUCCCCCAUCUCCGAACCGAGAACCUUGUUGAGGGAGUGGCCGCUAUAAACGAACGGUUAAGGCAGGUCCCUGCUCGAGGAAUCGGCUAUGGAGCGUUGUACGGCUAUACUCGACACCCGUUGCCUCAGAUUACCGUCAACUACCUGGGUCAUCUCGCUCCAAAAAAGUCAAAACUAGACGAAUGGGCUCUCGCCGUGGGCGAUAAUGGACUCGAGUAUGGACUCAUGACAAGCCCAGAGGACAAGGACAAGAGCUCCUCCGCCGUUGAUGUCACCGCUGUGCAUAUUGAUGCUACUAUCACAAUCGACAUGGACAGUGCUUGGAGCCUUGAGGACAGUGAGAAAUUUAUCUCAAACAUCGAAGAAGGACUUAACAAGAUCAUCGACAGCGUGACAAGCCAAGAAACCUCAUCCCCAGCGGAUCCUCAAUUAACCGAGGAGACGUACACACCGUAUUUUGAGUAUCUGGAGCCGUCACGACAGGGCCCAACGCUGUUCCUGCUGCCCCCGGGCGAAGGAGGAGCCGAAAGCUACUUCAACAACAUCGUCAAACACCUACCUGGGACAAACAUGGUCGCCUUUAACAAUUACUACUUGCAUAGCAAACGCCUGCGCACGUUCGAGGAGCUGGCGGAAAUGUAUCUUGACCAUGUACGCAACAUUCAACCACAUGGACCGUACCACUUCAUUGGAUGGAGUUUUGGAGGAAUCCUUGCGAUGGAGAUGUCCCGGCGGCUGGCAACAUCGGGCGAAAAGAUUGGCCUCCUUGGUAUCAUAGACACAUACUUCAAUGUGCACGGAGCAACACGCAGCAUUGGCCUGGGAGACGCCAAGAUCUUAGACCCUAUCCACCACAUCUACCACCCCGAUCCGACGAAUUUCAAAGGCCUGCCAUCUGCCACAGAUCACAUCGUGCUGUUCAAGGCCAUGAAGACGAACGAUCAGUAUGAAUCGGAGAAUCAGCGUCACCUGUACGAGUACUACGACGGGACACCCUUGAAUGAUAUGGACAAAUUGCUGCCAAGUGAUACCGCUAUUCAGCUGGUCCCGCUUACUGACGAUACUCACUUUUCUUGGGCCAGAAAUCCCCAGCAAGUACACCGGAUGUGUGCGGCCAUCAAGGACUAUCUUUCUGGUUAUUAG